UGAAUCCUCUCCAUUUUUUAUUAUGUAUGUUUGCUUCAUUACUAUUACUAUAGUUUAGAAAUAUAAACACAAUAUUGUGAUUUAUGAUAUUAUUAGGUGCAGGCAAAGUAUCCUUUAUACACAAAUCACCCGAAAACUUUAGUAAUAGGUAGGAGAAAUUGAGAGGGGAAAUGAAGAGGAUCCAUGUAAUAUCCCAAACAUAGAAGACUAAUUGUGGUCCAAUUAAGAGUAGUAGAUGUUUAGAAAUAAAAUAAAAUGGGAGAUAUAAAAGGGCAAUUUAGUAAUUGAGCCUAUAGAGAGGGGUAUUUUUCCUCGUACAUAUUUAUAUGAUUAAAAGAAGAAGAAAAAUCAGAUUGUGAACUUUUCUCUCCCCUCCUGUUCAUGUUCUCUCUCAGCCAAACACUCAAAUAUCACCACCAUAGCUUAUUCACCAAUAUUCUUCCAAGAAACUAACACAUGCAUUUGAUAAAUUGUAAAGCUUAACCCAUUAGACAAUUAAAUAAGCUUAGUGACAGUGAUUGGAGAGUAAAUCAACCAAGGAGAAAGGAUAUUUUUAGGUUAGGGUUCUUUGAAGAUUUGGGGAAAAAGGUAGAGCUUUGGAGAAGAUCUAGGAUUUGGGAGGAAAUAGAGUAAAGAAGGAACAUUGGAAGCUUGAAGAACCAACUUUCAUCCUUAGAAUCAAGGGCUAGAAGUUAAUGGGAGUGAUCAAAGAUGGCACAAUCUCUGGGGUUCUACCGGAGCCUCAGGGAUUUCUGGUGCACUAUCCUGGUUAUCCAUCUACAACCUCUCGUGCCGUUGACACGCUAGGUGGAAGUCAAGGCAUCCUUAAGGCUCGCAGUUCACAAGCAAACAAAUUAGAGCUUCGAUUCCGCCCGGAAGACCCUUACUGUCAUCCUGCAUUUGGGGAGCGUCGUCCCACCAAUGCUUUGCUUCUGAAAAUAUCCAAGAGAAAACUGCCUGAUGAUGAUGGUGCCACAACUUCUAACAGCAUGUGUGGAAUGGAGCAUGGGAUGCAAGCAGAUAAUGUUGAAAGUGAGCAUGGAGCUGCUGAUAAAGUAGAUGAAGAGGCAAAUCUUUGUGCUGAUAUUGUUGGUCGUGUUCCCGAGGCUUAUUUUUUUGAAGGAAUGGCAGACUACCAAUAUGUUGUUCCUGUCCAUGCGGAUGUUGCCAAAAGGAAGAAGAGAAAUUGGUCAGAACCAGAAGAAACACAUUUAGCUAAGGGCGGUCGCAUUGAUGUGGAUCAUGAAGAUAUUAUGAUCAUAGUGCCUCCAAUUUUUGCUCCAAAAGAUAUGCCAGAAGAUUUACUCUUACGACCACCUACCGUAUCAAGUUCAAAAAAGAAAGAAGAGGAAAUUGUACAUCCCCAUUUUGAGAUCGACAUGGAGCCAGUUCUUGCCCUUGAUUUUUUUCAAAUUAAAGAAAUUCCUAAAAAAGUGAAUUGGGAGGAAUACAUACCACAAGGCUCAGAGCAGUGGGAAUCACAAAUGGCCGUAUCUAGAAUGUUUGAUGAGAAGCCUAUAUGGUCUAAAAACUCACUUACUGAACGCCUGCUCGAUAAGGGCUUAAGCUUUUCACAUGGCAUGUUCAGAAGGCUUCUAUCUAGAAUUGCUUACUACUUUUCAAGUGGACCAUUUCAAAGGUUCUGGAUAAAGAAAGGAUACGAUCCACGCAAAGAUCCUGGUUCUCGCAUUUAUCAAAGAAUUGAUUAUCGAGUACCAGUCCCAUUACGAAGUUUUUGUGAUACUUACUCAGCCGAUAAAUUGAAACAUAAAUGGGGGGAUAUAUGUGCCUUUCGUGCUUUCCCUUACAAGUUCCAGACAUCUUUACAGUUCGUUGAGCUUAUUGAUGAUUAUAUUCAAUCUGAAAUAAAUAAGCCUCCAAUGCAGGACACUUGCACAUUUGAAUCUGGGUGGUUCUCACUCAACAAGAUCAACUGUCUUAGACAACGUCUCAUGGUGAGGUACCUAUCAAUAUUUCCUAAACCUGGUGCAGAGAGUUUACUCAGGGUUGCUGCUUCCAAGUUUGAAAAAUUAAAGAGAGAGUGCAAUAGGGAAGCCGUUAAGCUUUGUGUAGAGGAACGCCAGCAAGCUAAUACAGGCUUGGAAGAAAGUGAAGAGCCUGAAAAUGUUGAAGAUGAUGAUGGGGAGGCAGCUGAGGCUAAUAAUAGCGACGAGGAGUCAGAAGAAGAACUUGAUCUGACAGGAGAUACUGAAAUGCCACUGCCGUCUCCUUCUCAUCCUAAUAUUUCAAUGACCCACUUACAAGAGCUUUUUGGUAGCUUUCCAUCUGAUGAAAUUGAUGGCGACAAAGCGCAAGAAAAUGGUAGUGAAGAAGAAUACCAUAUAUACGAGGAAGAUAGUGACAACUACUCUGAAGAAUGAUUACUGAUUUUCAGAAUUAUCAGACAUAGAUUCCUUCUAGAGUUGUAACUGGAGAUUUUGCUGUUUAGUUUUAGAGGACCUAUUAACAUCUUUUUUGAGGCCAGCAUUAGCGUUUGUUGAAGUUAUUAUUAUACCGAUAUGUACAUAAAGUUAAUCCUAAACAAGUUUAUUUUUAAAUAUUUUUGUUAGAGAAUUACUUAAUCGUGUCUCUAUUGUUUAAUAGAAUUUUAUUUUGUUGUGCAA